CUAAAUCUGAGGCUAAAUCUCUUAAAAGAAAUGGCAGAAAACACGAAUUCAACUAGUAUGACUUGUGAGGUUUGUUCAGAGUAUUACACUGACCCCCUCAUGCUUCCCUGUCUUCACUCGUUCUGUAAGAAGUGUCUGAUAAAAGCUAAAGAGAAGCAAGGUAGUGCUGAUACCUCAUUAAAGUGUCCAACGUGUGACACUAGCGUUAAUUUACCUGAUGGUAAAAUUGAAGGCCUCGCUCAAAACCUUUGGUUUGAACAUAAAUCAAAAGAGGCUUCAAUUGAAAAGAAGAUUCUUGGUAAAGAAGCGAUAUCUUGUGAUGAAUGUAGUGUUGACGAUUCCAGUGAUGCAGCUGUCGUGUAUUGCUGUGAUUGUGGCCAGUUUCUGUGUGAUUAUUGUAAGAAAGGUCACAAACGAAAGCCUAAAAAAAGCAGUCACAAGUUAAUUGAUCUAGAAACAAAGGAAUCCCUUGAAUUGUCUCCUAUUAAGCAUGAGGAUGGUUAUUGCUUGUGGCAUACAGAUCAAAAACUGAUUUAUUACUGUAACGAUUGUGAGAAAUUAGUUUGCCCUAACUGCCUGCUAAUUCAGCACAAGAGUCACAAUGUAGUCGAUUGCACUGGAGUAGGUGAAACAGCACGUAAAGCAUUAAAGGAAAGUGUUACUAGUUGUGAUGGAGUCAUUCCUUCAGUCACUGAAGCUAUUGCUAAUGGAGAGAAGAUGCUAGAGCAGAUAGCAGCACAUAAGGAAGAAGUAAGCAAGGAAAUCAAGGAAACAUUUGAAGAGCUUAAAGCUCUUUUAGAUAAGAGAUGCCAUGAGCUACUAAUGGAGACUGAAGAGAUUGCUAGUGUUAAGAGGAAUUCUGUUGAAAAGCAGUUGGACAGGUUUCGUAAACUGGUAAAACAGGUUUCUUGUGGUUGUCAUCUUGCAUCAUCAGUGAGUGAGCGUACUGAUCCAGGUGAAGUUCUCAGUGUUAAGAAGCUAAUCACCAAUCAACUAGAGGAAUGCAUUGAAGAGUAUAAGAAGCUACCUCUAGAAAUAGAAGACAAAGGAGCCAUUUCAAGAUUUUUAGAUGUGCCCACUUUAAGUAAAGAAAUUAGUGAGUUUGGAAGUAUCUCAGAGUGCUAUGUCCAGCUCGAUUCAUCAUUUUAUUCCAUUGAUAGUGGGUUAGCUAUUCCGUUGGCAACAGUUAAGAAAGAAAGGAAAUUCAAAGUUGCUCUACCGGCAGGCAUUAAUAAGGCUGCACACUUUUUGAAGGCUUCCUUUAUCAAAAGUGAUGGGAGUAAAGAGGAGGGUAGAGUUGUCAUAGUUCCUGAUAUCAACACAGCCAUUGUAUCAUUCACACCUCAAAGUAUUGGUGGAUAUGAGCUAUCAGUGACUAUGAGAGGUCACCAUAUUAUAGGCAGUCCUUAUCCACUGUCAGUAAAAGCAUCAAGAGACUAUACCACACUAACUAACCAGAGAAACUUUGACGUGGGAAAUCAUACUUACGGUGUUGCUAUUCAUACUAAUGGUGAAGUAUUUGCUAGUAGUAAUGAUGGGUUUGUUCAGGUCUUUAGUAAGGAUGGGACUCCAGUACGAAGGAUCGGAUCUAAGGGUGAUGACAAUGGACAAUUUAAGUCUCCUCAUGGUUUAUUGCUGGUAGGAGACAGGCUCUAUGUGUCUGACCAUAAUCUUCAUCGUGUGCAGUAUUUCUCAGCUACUACUGGUCAGUAUAUUGGUCAGUUUGGUAGUAAAGGUAAUGGGAAUGGACAACUCUGGUAUCCUAAAGGUAUGUCUACUGAUGGUAAGGGUAAUAUAUUUGUAUCUGAGUAUAGAAACAAAAGAGUACAAGUGUUUAAGGAGGAUGGUGCAUUUGUACAAGUCAUACAAUGCAAUGGUAAUGUAACUGAUGUAGCAGUUGAUAAUGAAGGGAAGAUAUAUGUUGCCACCUUUAAAAACAAUUCUGUUCAAGUCUUUUCUCCUGACGGUAAAACUCAUCUUGAUACGUACAAUAAUCUUAUUAGCUCUAGUUCUUUGCAAGGAAUUGCUAUUGAUGAUGGAAGGCAUAUUUUGGUAUUGACUUACAACACAAAUUGUGUCGACUCUUGCCUUUACUUGUUGAAUUCUGACGGGAAACAAGUCAAAUUGAUCUCAGAAUUAAAUAAUCCGUAUGGUAUAGCACUGGAUAAGGAUGGAUUUAUUUAUGUUGCUGAUACUGACAACAAUUGUAUAAUGAAAUAUUAACGUAGCUCCAAUAAUAAUAAUGUAGCUAAAACAAUUAUGUAUUAUUAGAAUAGUGUUAAGCAUUUUUUUUGUCUUCGCACAUGCAUGCAUACACACAAACAAAACCACAUUUAUUACGUUAUAAUAUUUAAAAUAAUUAAUUACAUUGGUUUUUGAGUGAGUGCAUGGUAUAGUAUAAGAUAGUGUUGGUGGUGAAUCAUUCUCUUGUAUUGUAUUUACUGUAUUCUAAUUACUGACUGAUAGUAUUUACGUGGCCUAUGUUGUACAUAUCUUUCCAGGUUUCAACAGAAGAACUAAAAUUUAUUUAGAUCUAUGGAAUGAUCUAUGGAACUUGUAGUGAACUCAUGACAUCACAUCUCAUGCAUGCAUUAUUCAUAAUCAAUAUUGAUCAAUACAUAUUGCAUGCCGUGUUUUAUAAUUGAUCAGUGUUUGGGUGUCAA